GAGACGUCAAUGAUGGAUGAUAUGCCUGCAAAACGAGCAAAAUAUGACAUUACUAAUAAGAAUUUGAAGUAUCAUAAAGCACAGGCAGAAAUUUCUACAAAUAAAAAUGCUCAGAAUGAUGAUAUUUGGGGUGAUGAUUUUGAUGAAGAAGAUAUUGAGGAAAUGGAUUUGAUUGCAUCUCAAGUUUGUGUGCAGGAGGUUAACUUGUCAAAUAAUUUAAAACUAUUCGAACAUGGUUUGAAUUCAGUAAAAUCAGAUUUUCCUGAGAGACCAACUGCCUAUAAUGAAGCAUCAUGUUCGAAAGUAUCACAGGCUAUAGAAAAAUCUAAUUCACACUUAUUAAUGAAAAAUGUACAGAGUACAAGUCAAAAUUAUCAGGACAUAACAGAAAUUAAUUAUUCUCAGUUCAAAAAUAAGUUAAUAGAUAUAAAAGACCAUAAUUCAACUUUCCAAAAGGGCAAUAAAUUUAUUGUACAUGAUGGUAAGGAAUUGGAAAAAUUAAAAACUGAAAACAAAAAAUUGUUGAAUGAUUUUAUAACUAAAGAUGGUGAAACUGCAUUUUUGCGACAACAAUUACAACAAACUCAAUUACGAGUUGAAAAUGAGAAAUUAGAAAAGAUGCGUUUAAUUGAAGAACAAGCUAAUCGUCAUACAGCAGAGAUUAACAAAAUUUGUAAUGAAAAAGAACAACUAAAAACACAAUUAGAAUUACAAAAUCUAGAAAUAGGAAAUCUUCAAAAACGUUAUAAACUGUUAGAAGCUGGAAAUAUUAAACUAAAGGAACCACAAAUGUUGUACAUAAAUUCUUCUAUUGAUAAGUGCAAAUAUGCUACCCCAACAAAUCGGAUUACAAAUAGGAAUCUAAAAAUGAAAGAAGUAUGUACACAAGCUAAUCUUUAUAAGAAAAAUGAUUAUCGACUUAAGACAUGUAAUAUUUAUUUUCCUCUUGCAAGAAUUUCAGAGUUAAUGUUUGGAGCACCAUUACCAGAAAAAUCCAUUGUUAAUAUUAAAGUUAUAGAGAAAACUGGAAGAAGAAAUUUACCUAUUUUGCAAGAAGAAGAAACAUUUAGAAUUUUUGAAAACCCCGAAUUAGUAAAACCAGUAGUUACUACAGUAGAUGGAAAAAGAUUAACGACAGAAUUCGUUUUACUUGAGAUUGCAGCCAUUGAAAGGAAAAUUAACACUGAGAUAGAGUCUGAAAGAUGUAUACCAAUAAUCAAUAAGCUAGUCUUAACUACAAGAGAGUUAAUAUUGAAUAUUACAACAGUUUUGGAAACAAUUUUUCAAGCUAUGAAAAAUGAUGAUAUUCGAGAUAUGAACGACUUAUAUUUCUCUACAGUUUAUAAAGAUCAUAAUAUAUGUAUUAAAUCUGAAUGUGAAGCAGAUGCAUGGCAUGAAGGAGAACGUGGUAUCGAGGCUAGAAGAUUGCUCGGUAUACUUUCGCACAUUAGUAUCGAAUCGUUAUAUUUAAGUAAUUAUUUAGCAGGAAAAUCACAAUUGCUUACACGCAGUGAUGAAGGUUACAAUCAUUAUCUGCAACAAAUGACACGUUAUAAUACAUGGCGAAAAAAGGGCCAUAAAUUUGAAAUGCUUGAGAUCAUCCUAGAAUGUGUCACUUUAAUAGAACACGUUAGGAGAUCUCAUCAAUUUACAGGUCUUAUAAAUGCAAUUGUAAAACUACUGUGUAAUGUGCAACAAAAAGUGGGUUACUGUGAUAAAGGAUUAGAAUAUAUUUGUCUUAUAUUUAAAGAACUUGUAUUCUCAAGACCAUUAUCACUUUGUUAUGUUUCAUUAGCAAACUUUAUAAUGGGAGUUUUACAUUUUACACCAGAUGCUUGUGUCUUACAAAUUCUUAUGGCACAAAUGGAACAUUUUUGUUCAGACUUUCUUACUACAAUAAAUAUGACGCAUGCAUUAAUAUCAUCUAUAUGGCAUAUCUUACAGAAAAAUAAUUUAUUAAAAAGUGAAAGUUUAGAAUCCUGUAAUUGUUAUACGAAAUUAUUACGAUUUAUAAUUAAUAUGUUAAAAAAAUGUAUGAAAUAUAAUCAGAAUAUGAAAAAGCAUCUGACAGAAAUAUAUUCAGAAAAAUUAGAUCAUAAUUUUUGGUUUGAUAUCAAAAAGAUUCAAUACAAAGUAUUAAGACAAGGCAUCAGAUUUUUAUGCCAUCUUGCGAUUUGUGAUCCUGAUUUUGUUAUCCGAUCAUCUGAUAUUGAAGAUUCAUUUCAUUUAUUUAUACGAAACAUCACUUUUUUUGAAGAUUUGAUACUUCAUGAAAAUGAACGAGAAGCAUUAGAUCGUAUAAAAACUACCUUUAUCGUUGAUAAAGGUAUACAAUGUGAGACUAAGAUACACGAAAAUAUACAUGUUAAUCAAUUACAUAUGACGAAUUUUGAAAAAAAGGUUACUCCUACAACUGAGUAUUGCUAUACUGAAUCUGUUGAAAAUUAUAAUAGAGCAUGUAUGGCUAUCAAAGCGUUGUAUAAUUCUAAAAUGGAAUGUAGAGGCAAUUAA